AUGACUCUCAAAAUCGAAGCAUUCACCACACCACGAAGAUCAGUGAUGGCUAUCGAGGCAUGGUUUAUGGAUGAUAGCAAUGAAGAUCAGAGACUUCCUCAUCAUCGUAACCCAAAAGAGCUCGUCACGCUGGAUUACUUGGCAGAUCUGGGAGUGUUGUACUGGAAACUGAACUCUGAGAGCUACGAGAAUGAUUCCGAACUUAGAAAAAUUCGAGAAGCAAGGGGUUACGAUUACAUGGAUCUGCUUGAUUUGUGUCCUGAGAAAGUGAGCAACUACGAGGAGAAGCUGAAGAACUUUUUCACAGAACACAUUCACCAGGACGAAGAGAUUCGUUACUGCUUGGAGGGAAGUGGCUACUUUGAUGUUAGGGACAAGGACGAUCGUUGGAUUCGAAUCUGGAUGAAACCGGGCGAUCUCAUUGUCCUUCCAGCCGGAAUCUACCACCGGUUUACGCUCGAUACCGGCAACUACAUCAAGCUAAUGAGGCUGUUUGUGGGAGAACCGGUUUGGACACCAUAUAACCGGCCACAGGAAGAGCAUCCGGGAUUAACCCACAAGGUUAGCGGCCGCAGUAAAUUAAUGAUUAACCCGAGAGUAUCGGGUAAUACGACCAAGAGAUCCGGGCUAAGCAGCUCACGGCGAUUUCGUCUGGAAGUAAAGAAUACGACGGAGGAGAAGGUGGUUGUGAGUCUGGUGACGAACUCUUCGUCUUUCUCUUUCUCUUCUUCUUCUCCGGUGGUUCUACUUGGAGGUUCAUUGUGGCGGUGA